CCUGGUUACAUCCAAAGCCACUCCGCCAUCACUCCUCUCUUCUUUCACUGCAUGCUUAGCUAGUUAGCUUCUCCUUUUCAACAUCCUGGAGCUGCCCAAUCACAGGACACCUUCAAAACCCUUUGAGCUUCUGUUGCCUCCCCGGCCGCCGCUCUUGCAGACUGUCACCACAGACUGCUCUGCUCGGCCGGGUAUUCACGGGUCCUUCUCCGGGAGCAGUACGUACCAUACAAAGACAUGGGGAUCAUUAACUGGAUGCAGGAUCGCUUCAACGGUAAACACGAUAAGAGGCGACCCGAGGCCAUUAACUCGGGAUCAGCUCGCGAAAGCUGCCGCCAAGACGACCGCGCGCGCGAGGGCAAGAGCCGCAACGACGGCGGCGACUGGCCGGCGCCACAGCACGGCCUCCUGUCGAUCGGGACGCUGGGAGACGACGACCCGCCGCCGCCGCGCGCGUCGUCGCAGGCCGACGACGUGCUGGACUUCACCAUCGAGGAGGUGAAAAAGCUCCAGGACGCGCUGAACAAGCUGCUCCGGCGCGCCAAGUCCAAGUCCAGCUCCAGCUCCAGCUCCUCCCGCGGGUCGGGCGCCAGCGCCACCGACGAGGACCGCCGCGCCAGCCACAGCCAGCUGCCGCUCGACAGGUUCCUCAACUGCCCCUCCAGCCUCGAGGUCGACCGGAGGGUCUCGCUGAUCAGGCACGACGGUGGUGGCGAGAGCGGCGAGUUCUCGCCGGACACGCAGAUCAUACUCAGCAAGGCCAGGGAUCUCCUCGUCCACAGCAACGGCACCGCCAUCAGGAAGAAGUCGUUCAAGUUCCUCCUGAAGAAGAUGUUCGUCUGCCAUGGCGGCUUCGCCCCCGCGCCGAGCUUGAAGGAUCCAGUUGAAUCGAGAAUGGAGAAGUUGUUCAGAACGAUGCUUCAGAAGAAGAUGAAUGCUCGCCCGAGCAACGCUGCAGUGUCAUCCAGGAAGUACUACCUCGACGACAAGCCGAGCGGGAGGAUGAUGACACGGGAUGGUCGUCGUCGUCACGAUGGAGAGGACGAUGACGAGAAGGGCUCUGACAGAAUCAAGUGGGAUAAAACUGAUACUGACUUCAUCGUUCUGGAGAUCUAGAUCAAGAGGCUCGAGUUCAAAGGUCCUUGUGAUAUCCAGUGUGUGCUUACGAGUGGUGGUGAUGACCUUGAGUCAGAGGAGAAAUCCACUACAAUAAUCCGUAUUAAAGGAGUGUUCAGUUGAACUGCGAAUAGAUCACACAAGAUAUUCAUAUAUAUGCCUGAUGCGCACCAGGGUGUAAUACUGGAUGAAGAUCACAAUCCACACGUACGUUGGCGGGAUCGUUCAAGCGCGCGCAGCAAUGGAGGUGUUAAUAAUAGGAAGAAAGAGUUCACAGCUUUGCGCUCUCGAUCCUUUCCCAUCUCAUCUUCAGAUCCUACACACACACACACACACUAUCCUACGUUUUGUAGUUCUUUUGCGUCAUAUCUUGUGGACAAAUUAAGAGAAAUGGUUUCAGUUAGUGAACGUAACCCUGAUGAUAAUGAUAUAUAAAAUUAUUGUUCAA